UCUCUCUUUUUAAUCCCCAUCCAAACUUGAAGCUGCGGCUAAAGAUAGACCGGCCUACGGAGUAUAUAAGCCCCUGGAUAUAUACGUAUAACGCGGGUUCACACUGUCUUGUCUUCCUUGAUCAACCAAACCUCCACUCUUAACGUCUCAAGAUGUCACCAAAGAAGGCCAAGAGGAGGGCAGCAGCAGGAGACGGCGGCUCCUCCAAUGUGUUCUCCAUGUUUGAGCAGAGCCAGAUUCAGGAGUACAAAGAGGCCUUCACAAUCAUUGACCAGAACAGAGAUGGAAUCAUCAGCAAAGAUGAUCUGAGAGAUGUGCUGGCCUCAAUGGGCCAACUGAACGUGAAGAAUGAGGAGCUGGAGGCUAUGAUCAAGGAGGCUAGCGGCCCCAUCAACUUCACCGUCUUCCUCACCAUGUUUGGAGAGAAGCUGAAGGGUGCUGACCCCGAGGAUGUUAUUCUCUCUGCCUUCAAAGUCCUGGACCCUGAGGGUACUGGAUCCAUCAAGAAGGAAUUCCUCCAAGAGCUCCUGACCACCCAGUGUGACAGGUUCACCCCAGAAGAGAUUAAGAACAUGUGGACCGCCUUCCCCCCAGAUGUGGCUGGCAAUGUAGACUACAAAAACAUCUGCUACGUCAUCACACACGGAGAGGAGAAGGAGGAGUAAAGAGAAAGCCAGAAAAGAAAGAAAAGAAAGACAGCUAUCCCUUUGCUUUCUGCUUCCCUCAAUAUAUUUUUUCUCCUCCUCUUCCUUGCUCACCUUCUGUGUAAAACUCAUGUACUCAGCCAUUCAUGUUCAAACCAAAGACUUGUCGGACACGUGAGAUGGUUGAUGCCCAUGGGAUGUCUAUGUUUGCUUGUGGGGAAUAGGGAUGAUUUUCAAUAAAAUUAUCCUGUAACAUCA